GUAGUGUACAUGUAGCCUCAAAUCUAAGCCACUGCCUGUCAGGCUGCUCCGUUUUUGCGCUCUGCGCUGCUCUCCUUUUCCUCUCCUCUCCCCUCUCUCUUUACUGCACUGCACUGCUCGUCUCUCCUCUCCCCACAUCUCCAUCUCUCCUCCUUCUCUUUCUCUUUCUCUACCUGCAUCUCUCUCACACAACGCGCUCUUAUCUCUGUUGUGCAUUGCUGCGCUCUGCUCCAUUGUUUGGGAAAAUACUGUACACUCUGGGUGAUUUUUUUUUUUCAGCCAGAGCUGAGCAGACUUCAGCUUCUGGUGGAAGAGGAAUCAGAUGCUCUUGGUGCUCCAGGUUUGAGUUGCCUUGGAUUCUUUGGAUCUGUUUAAGCCUGAGAAGAGAAGAGUGCAGCAAAGGGAGCUGAGAGGGGCAGAGAGCUGCCCAGGUGAGAGCUUCAUCUGCUUGGGGAAGUAAAGGCUUCAAGGUGGUGGCAGUGGUGGUGGCGGUAGUGGUUGAUGGUUGUCCGUCAAGGGUCAUGCCCUGGGACUUGUGUGCCUUUCGGCAGUUGGAGUUGGAGACCCUCUCCCAUUUUUGCCCCCCUAGUGGGGCAGCAUUGAUCCUGGUGCCGGGAAAAGCUGCCGGGCACCAGUGGCUGCGGCGUGAAGAGUGGACACCAUGAACCAGCUGGACGCACCACGGCCACUCAACUGGACCAUCAGAAAACUGUGCCAUGCAGCCUUCCUGCCAUCUGUACGCCUGCUAAAGGCACAGAAAUCGUGGAUAGAAAGAGCAUUCAGCAAGCGGGAAUGUGUUCAUAUAAUAGUGAGCGCCAAAGACCCCCAUAGGUGCUGUUGUGGUCGUCUGAUAGGCCAGCAUGUGGGCUUGCCACCGGGCAUCUCAUCCAGUCAGAAUGAUAAGGCAGAGCGUCUGGCCAAGAAUGACAGCCUGUCGGAGAAGUGGUCAAUCAGCAAACACACGCAGCUCAGCCCCACCGAUGCCUUCGGCACCAUCGAAUUCCAGGGAGGAGGACACUCCAACAAAGCCAUGUACGUGCGAGUGUCGUAUGACACCAAGCCUGACCUGCUGCUGCACCUGAUGACCAAGGAAUGGCAGCUGGACCUGCCCAAGCUGCUCAUCUCAGUCCACGGAGGCCUGCAGAACUUUGAAUUACAGCCCAAACUCAAGCAGGUGUUUGGCAAAGGGCUCAUCAAGGCUGCCAUGACAACCGGAGCCUGGAUUUUCACUGGAGGGGUUAACACAGGGGUGAUUCGCCAUGUGGGUGAUGCGCUGAAAGACCACGCCUCCAAGUCAAGGGGGAAGAUCUGCACCAUUGGUAUUGCUCCGUGGGGCAUUGUAGAAAAUCAAGAGGAUCUUGUUGGCAAAGACGUGGUGCGUCCAUACCAGACUAUGUCCAACCCUCUGAGCAAGCUGACGGUUCUAAACAGUCUCCACUCACACUUCAUCCUGGCAGACAAUGGCACCACGGGAAAGUAUGGCGCCGAGGUCAAACUGCGCCGCCAGCUAGAGAAACACAUCUCUCUGCAGAAGAUCAACACACGUAUCGGUCAGGGUGUACCGGUGGUGGCUCUUAUCGUAGAGGGAGGCCCUAAUGUGAUCUCCAUAGUGCUGGAGUACCUCAGGGACACUCCUCCAGUCCCUGUGGUGGUGUGUGACGGCAGCGGCAGAGCCUCAGACAUCUUGGCCUUUGGACACAAAUACUCUGAGGAGGGAGGCAUAAUUAAUGAGUCUCUAAGAGACCAGUUGCUGGUGACCAUCCAGAAGACUUUCACCUACAGUCGCACACAGGCCCAGCAUCUGUUCAUCAUUCUCAUGGAGUGCAUGAAGAAGAAGGAACUUAUAACAGUUUUCCGGAUGGGUUCGGAGGGUCAUCAGGACAUUGACCUUGCCAUCCUCACUGCAUUACUCAAAGGUGCCAAUGCUUCAGCUCCGGACCAGCUGAGUUUGGCUCUAGCAUGGAACAGAGUGGACAUUGCACGCAGUCAGAUCUUCAUCUACGGACAGCAGUGGCCUGUUGGUUCCCUGGAGCAGGCGAUGCUGGAUGCCUUAGUUCUGGACAGAGUAGACUUUGUCAAGCUGCUGAUCGAAAAUGGAGUCAGUAUGCACCGUUUCCUCACGCUUUCCAGACUGGAGGAGCUCUACAACACGCGACACGGACCAUCGAACACGCUGUACCACCUCGUCAGAGAUGUCAAAAAGGGAAACCUGCCCCCGGACUACCGUAUCAGCCUCAUCGACAUCGGACUGGUCAUCGAAUACCUCAUGGGCGGGGCAUAUCGGUGUAACUACACCAGAAAGAGGUUCAGAACUCUGUACCAUAACCUCUUUGGACCUAAGAGGCCCAAGGCCCUAAAGCUGCUGGGGAUGGAGGACGACAUGCCGAUCCGCAGAGGCCGCCAGAAGACGACACGCAAACGCGAGGAAGAGGUGGACAUAGAUUUGGAUGACCCAGAAAUCAACCACUUCCCUUUCCCCUUCCACGAGCUGAUGGUGUGGGCUGUGCUCAUGAAACGUCAGAAAAUGGCGCUGUUCUUUUGGCAGCAUGGCGAGGAGGCGAUGGCCAAGGCCUUGGUGGCGUGUAAGCUCUGUAAGGCCAUGGCUCACGAAGCAUCCGAGAACGACAUGGUGGACGACAUCUCCCAAGAACUGAACCACAACUCCAGAGAGUUUGGUCAGCUGGCAGUGGAGCUCCUGGACCAGUCCUAUAAACAGGACGAGCAGAUGGCCAUGAAGCUGCUGACAUACGAGCUGAAGAACUGGAGCAACGCCACCUGCCUGCAGCUGGCUGUAGCCGCCAAACACCGAGACUUCAUUGCUCACACCUGCAGUCAGAUGCUGCUGACCGAUAUGUGGAUGGGUCGCCUGCGCAUGCGCAAGAACUCAGGCCUGAAGGUGAUUUUAGGGCUGCUUCUGCCGCCGUCCAUCCUGAGCCUGGAAUUCAAGAACAAGGAUGAGAUGUCCUACAUGCCCCAGGAUCAGGAGGCCUACCUGCAGGAGAAGGAGGAGGAAGAGCCUGAGAAACCAGUCAAGGAGAAGGAGGAGGAAGACAUGGAGUUCACAGUAAGAUCUUACUGUGAGACGCAGUACAACUCCGUGGCAAUGCUUGGUAAGGUAACCACAGAGACGUCCAGAAAGAAGGAUGUUGAGGAGGUUCAGAACCGCCACCGCCUUAUCCCCAUGGGACGCAAGAUAUACGAGUUCUACAACGCUCCAAUUGUCAAGUUCUGGUUCCAUACGAUGGCUUACGUGGGGUACCUGAUGCUGUUUAACUACAUUGUCCUGGUCAAGAUGGACCUGUGGCCUUCUCCUCAGGAGUGGAUUGUCAUCGCUUACAUCUUCACCAAUGGCAUUGAGAAGAUGAGAGAGAUCCUGAUGUCAGAGCCGGGGAAGUUGUUACAGAAGGUUAAGGUGUGGCUUCAGGAGUACUGGAACAUCACAGACCUCAUGGCCAUCCUCAUAUUCUCUGUCGGCAUGGUUCUGCGUCUCCAGGAGCCGCCGCUCAUGAGCUAUGGGCGGGUCAUCUACUGCGUCAACAUCAUCUAUUGGUACAUUCGGCUGCUCGACAUCUUCGGGGUCAACAAAUACCUAGGUCCCUAUGUGAUGAUGAUUGGCAAGAUGAUGAUCGACAUGAUGUAUUUUGUGAUCAUCAUGUUGGUGGUGCUGAUGAGUUUUGGGGUGGCUCGUCAGGCCAUCCUCAACCCUAAUGAAGACCCGUCCUGGAUGCUGGCUAGGAACAUCUUCUUCAUGCCUUACUGGAUGAUCUACGGAGAGGUGUUUGCCGACCAGAUUGACCAUAUGCAUAGUAGGAAGUUACAGCACAGGCUGAAUGAAAAACUCUGGCUGGUCGAAAAUUACUUUCGAACUCACGGAACCUGGCGUAAUAAUGGUCCAUCCCACAUUGCCCAGUGCAGUCAAAAUCCCACUCCCUGUGGGCAGAACAUCACGUUAGACGACGGGGUGGUGGUGGCCCAGCCUCCCUGUAAGACGGGUGCUUGGAUUGUCCCAGCGAUCAUGGCUUGCUAUUUGUUGGUGGCCAACAUACUGCUGGUCAACCUCCUCAUAGCUGUGUUCAAUAAUACAUUCUUCGAAGUGAAGUCCAUCUCCAACCAGGUAUGGAAGUUCCAGCGCUACCAGCUCAUUAUGACCUUCCAUGAACGCCCAGUACUUCCUCCACCCCUCAUCAUCUUCAGUCACAUAACUAUGGUCCUCAAGCAUCUGUGUUGUCGCUGGCGCAAGCAUGAUGAUGACGAGAGGGACUAUGGCCUGAAGCUUUUCAUCACAGAGGAUGAGCUGAAGAAAGUCCAUGAUUUCGAGGAGCAAUGUAUUGAAGAGUACUUCAGAGAGAAAGAUGACAGAUUUCACUCCUCUAACGAUGAGAGAAUCAGAGUCACUUCUGAAAGGGUGGAGAACAUGGCAAUGCGUUUGGAGGAAGUCAAUGAGAGGGAACACUUCAUGAAGGCAUCAUUGCAGACUGUUGAUAUCCGUCUGGCCCAAAUGGAGGAGCUUAUUGGACGAAUUGCCGUUGCGUUGGAGCGUGUGACGGGUGUUGAACGCGGGGAGGUCAACAAAGUACGUUCUCGGACUUCAUCUGACUGCACAGACUCUGCAUACAUUAUCCGCCAGGCUGAGUGCCCAGAAGCUGCAUACAUCCUCCGUCAAAGCAGCUUUAAUAGCACAGAGGGGAACGCCUACCGUCUACAGGAGGCACUAGAAGGGCCAGCUGAGGGCUCCAUGUCCCCUCCUUCUCCUACUGGCAUGGCUACACGAACAAGGAGCCACUCAUUUUAUGUUGGUGCUGGUCGUGGUGGUGAACGUGCAAGUGGUGCUGAACGAGCUGAAAGCUUCUUCAAAGAGCGCUCACUGAGUCUUCACCGAGCCAACAGCUCACAAUCUGUGUCCUCAGCUGCUGCCCCCAAGGAGUCUAAGCCCCUCCCACUUGCGACACUGUCGGUCUCCCAGCAGCACCGUCCAUCAUCAUGUAUUGAUAUCUAUGUCUCAACAUCUGAGGAGGUGGGGCCUGCAGAGGUCUUUCUGGAUCCUCUCCGUGUGAUCCCACCGCUCCAGAGGGACUCCUCGCUGCAGUCAGAUACCAUGGAGACGGUGCUGCCUGGAGGCCGGGAUUUCAGCAGCGCCGCAACCAGUGGUUUGGGCGACAGGCACUCGGAGGGCGGUGCAGGCAGCAGUGGAACAGCUGGAGCUAUGUUUGAUGACAGCGCCGCUGCUGAUUUGUCAUUGUGCUCAGCACACCUUUUACCAGACACCACCUUACCUCCUUGGGAUAUGGAACCAUCCCCGCCUCCUUCAGCAGGGCUCCUCGAGCGCUCUAAGAGCAGCCGCUACCUCUCUACAGCAGGCACAGGAUUCCUGGAUGAGCCUCCUCUGGUCAAGUCCCACAGCCUCAUGUUCACACCAAGAGGCUGCUAUGGAGGACUGGGGGGAGCAGGAGUCCAGGUAAAGGCUGCAGAGUACACCAGCAUCACUGACUGCAUCGAUACACGCUGUGUCUCGUCUCCAUACACCCCUAUAGAACGCUCAAACUCACCUGGAGGUUCCACCUCAUUCCCCUUUGAUAAGCCGUCAGACAUUGGUUCCUCUCACCCGGAGAGAGAAGCAGAGCUUAGUCAUACAGAGUCUGAUCCAGAGGACCCUGAGGACCUGAUGCCAGCCCCAGAUACCCCUCGCCUAGGGGGCCUUGGUGGGCCCAGUGGAGCCCCUCUCUGCUCCCCCUUCUCCAGGCUGGAGCGAGCAAACAGCUGCUCUUCAGACGACUCCCAUCCUUCCCUCACGCUGGCCCCUCCGCACCGGAAGAGCCUGUCGGUGAGUGAGAGGAUGGAGAGGGGACCGGGUCUGGGGGCAGACAGGGGGCCUGGGCCUGGAGGGCGGGGUCUGGCAGGACCCAGAAACCCCUUCCUCAGGAGCAAGUCUGGAGCAAGGCCUGAGACGGCCAAGACUGACAACCUCUCCAUGAGAAAGCUGGCUACUCCAUCAGCUUUCCGCAGCUUUGAUAGACAAAACUAUACGUGACAAGGACACGUCAGUGCACUCACACACUGUUAGGACCAGGAAGGAAAACUGAGAGGGCCAAGGGCAAGAGAGAAAGCAGGGUGAAGCUGCCCGUAGAUGCUGAUGUGAACCAGAUCUACCUUUUUUCACCUAAAGUUUCAGGAUAGAAAAGUUUUUUCAUAGUCAGUGUUGAAGGGCAGCUUUAUCUUGAAUCAUGAAUCAGAGGGGAAAGGGAUGGAAGAUAAAGGGGUCCUACUGUACACCAGUCAAAACAAAGAGCUAUGAAUCUAGACUAGUUUUUACCUCUUGUAGCUAAGUAUCUCUCAAUGGGGUGUUAUGGCAAUGGAAGGUGUAUUUGUACUGUAUGUCUUCCACCCACCACCUUUACAUCAAGUAGACAUCUGUCACUGUGUUACAUCACAUAUCAGUCAUGUUAGUCAGACAAAGUAUACUGUUACUCCUAGCAGCAUUAUAUGGUAGACGCUGUUGAGUCUGAGAGACUAAGAGAGAGGAAGAAGACAGUCACCUCAUAUUGUCAUUUUGUCUUAGCAUAGAGUCCUUGCUAUUGCAGAACAUUUGCUUCAAAUAAGUUUUCCUCUCUUCAUAUAACCCUAACUCCAAUUUGUAAGACCCCAGCAACUAGCAGGCAGAAAGACGUUAACAUUUCUGGCUGCAUCAUAAAGGAAUUAAGUGUUUGACUUAACUGCACUUCAAAUGAUAUCUGUAACAUGGCAACAACUUACCUCUGGAUACACAAACACACUUUUUAAGUAAUCAAUACUUAAUUUUUUUAAGGGAAUAUCAAGUGUUUUUCAUAUACAUAUUGUAGCAUCAGAGAUUAAAUCCCAUACAUUUCAAAAUAAAAUACAAAUUACAGGACCCUUUAUUUGUCAGUUUAGUUAGAAAAAAAAGGCAGCAUUUGAACACACUCUAGUCAAAAAGUCAUUACUCUAUCAUGUGUCUCCGGUCAGCCAGUGCUUGAAAGCAUAAGUCUGUAUCAUGUGAGUGAGGGAAGCCACUGCUUCAAAGGCCAAUGCAUAAGAAAGGAACUAUCAUAUAAGAGAGGAUGAUUACAUGCAUAUAUAUGAUCACUGAAAUGCUACAUAUCAUGAAGAGGUAAGCUUCAGUUCACACCUGAUCCCAGAGAGCUUUAACAAGUGCAGUUGCAAAAUAUUGGGACAAGAGGGCGCUAUGAGCCAGUGUCAGACACAAUGCUUGCUGGGCGAACCUGAUGUGAAAUGUCUUUGCCUGCACCAGACACCAAAAAUCUUUCCACUCAAUGAAUAGUUGCUGUCUCGUAGGCCCGCCCUCCUCUUUCGGGUGUUUUGGCAGUGGCAUUAUUUUGCAAUGGUUUUACAUCCACCACCACUAAUGGAUCCGUCCUUCUUCUACUACAUAAAUGUCUUUCAUUUGUUAUUUCGCUUUUUUUUUCUUUUUUCAUGGCAUUCAAGGCAAACCACUGCAAAAAGAGACUUCAAAGGAAAGUAACUGCUCAAUGACAAAGUCAGUUAUAAAUUAUAUAAAGGUCACUGAGAGCUCCUAAAGACAGAGCUCAUUUGUGAGUCAACUCUAAAAAAAGCGGUCAAGCAUAGGCAUCCCAGCUGAGAUUUAAGAAAGGUGUGCAUUUUAAGUGACAUGGAUGAAGAAAUAUGGGGUUAUUAUAAUUAAAAAAAUAAAGCCAGAUCAGUGUUUUAAAAUCUUAUCUUUUGUUUUUUAUUGUAAUGGAAGAAGUCCAAAGGAGAGGACGAUGUCUUUCUCUGAUAGCUUUGUAAUAAAUAAAAAUAGGAGAAAUGAAUAGAAUUCUUACUGAUUUUUCAUGUUUGUUUUAUAUUUUCUCACUCUUACAAUUCCGUUUAAUCAUGUUGCAUUUAUUUUGAAAUUGAUCGUAUUUAUUGACAUUUUCUUGCUCAUUAUUGAUAAUUACAGUAAAUGCCUGUUUGAAUUACAAAAUUAAUAUUUAUAUCUUCUCAAUGAUAUUUUUGUCGAAUUUUAAGUAUUUUCUAAUUAAGCUUUUAAAUUUAAUAAAAGAAGACCAUCUACAUGCACUAAAUAAUGAUGUAUUAUAUUAUUUAUUGAAUAUAGAACUGUCUGAUAUACUGUACAUUUCGAUCAUAUUUAAAAUAUUUAAAGUAGAUUUUAUUGUAUGUUUUAUCAAGCAGCUUGUGAGAAUUUUCUAAUGUUGACAAGGCAAUACACAGUUGCCAGUAUACCAAAUUUAGGGUGCCUUUUGGGCAUGGAUGGAGUAUGUGGGGCCUGAAGUGGUUCAAAAAUCUGUGAAAUUUCUCAUCUUUGUCUUCUCUAUCCAUAGAGGCCAAAUAUCAGUGAUUAUUUUCUCAUAGACCUUUGUCGCUCUCUUUGGACACGUCUGAUGUACAGAGUGAGGAAACUGUCAUUAUUGGUUGACUGUAUCAUUGCUUGUUUGGACAUUUAUUUGAAAUCACCAAAACACAUACACUACCAGUCAAAAGUUUGGACACACUUUCUCACUCAUUUCUUGCCCCAAUGCCACGAGAUCUCAUUAAAAAUAGUAAUUUCUUAGCUUAAGAGAAAUUAUAUUUGAAGGGCAAACUGAUGCCUAAGUGGUUUGGGAGAACACUACAUGACCACAUUUAGUCUGAGCAGCAAAUCAACGGCUCAAAGCUUAGCUGGAGAUUGCUUGCUGCGUGUUAUUUGCUUGUUCUCUCUCUUAUUUCUUUUGUCUUCAUUCCACCGUUCCCCUUAAAAGAAAGGCAAAAUGGCCAAAAAUAAAUCUUUAAAAAAAGGGAAAAUAUCUAUUUGCACCUGAAACUAAGACAUAAAGAUGAGGAUGUAGCAUCGCCAGACAGCUGUUGCUGUUGUAGUAACUAUUCUUUCUUGCUUAAAUGAAAUAAUCAAAUUGUCCCAGCCCAAUCUGAAAAUCCAAACAUCCACACUGUUAAACUCCGAGAGUUGAUAUUGUUUAAUUUGUCUCAGAGCUACAAAUGCUAUUAUCUAACAGUGGUCAUAGGCUGACUAGUGCUUUUCAUGAACAGAACCCAAAUCGUUCUUUGUACAAUACAUGGAAUGUUUUCUAGCCACAACGUCAACAUAAAUGGUGAAUACAGAUCAUGUAAGUCAGAUUGAAAAGUAAAACACUUCAGCAGCAUGUUGUAGUCAUGCAAUACAUACAAAAGAUCAUAUUUGUGAUUUUUUCGACAAAUAUGUGAGCUACAGUCUGGUGAAGAGAUGAAAGGUUGACCCCAGGUCAGUGCUCAGGGACAAUAUUACCCCAGUGAUGCAAGGCAGAAAGUAUAUCAUGGAGGCUUGGUGGAUAGAAAGAAAGAGAAUGAAAGCAAAGCAAGAAAGAUAUGAGUGUGUCUUGAGCAGAAGGCUUCCAAUAUAAUCACUGUGCUUUAUGAGUCUAACCCACAAUCUUUGGGGAUCAUAGGAAAGCUAUAUAUUUUGUGUUUUAAUGUCUUUAAUGGAAAUGGCAAUAGUAUAUGAAUGAAUGUCUUCAUACCUGAUAGACUUGUUCACCCAGAGAAGUUUAAAUUUCCAUUUUUUUCUUUUUAUGGAGGAGUGUGUUUGACCCUUACAUUCUGAACCAAACCUAACUUUGUCAAACCAAAUGGAAAUAAGCUGAGUUGACCUACCUGACCUUGCUCAGCUGUGACAGGCAGGGCUACCCAAGCAAAGGUCAUACAGCUCAACUCAGUUUUGCAUGGUGAAGUGUAUACACAGAUGACUGUGUUGGACUGAAGGUUUAGAUCCUAUUAUUUGGCCCAUUGUUACAGGAAAUUGAAAUAUUAUUUUAGAAUUUCUUUAUCCUUACAGUAAAGAAUAUAUGAGACAGCAUACAUGCCCAUGGCAUGUAUAAACUCUUAUGUACUUGAUUCUGAAAUGGUUUUGUGAUAUGUUGACAUGACUGUGGUGAAAGGUGUUGAUAUGAGGUGUGCGUGUGUGCAUAUGUGGGUAUAACUUAAGUGCGUGUGAACCCAGACAUGCAGAUGCCACUAAUAACAGGGAGGCAUGACAACACAACACAACCCAAUAGAAUCUCAGUGUAUAGUAUUUUUAAAAUAUUUUCCUACACUAUAUCUUACAGUUUGGAGGAAUCAUGAGCAUAUUAUGAUAAUCAACAGAUGUGCUUCCCUCCUAUGAAACCUGUGACUCAUUAUCAAAAGAGAGUUUCACGCACAUGUUUUUUCUGCAAUAAUUGCUGAUGUUGUUCAACGAAAAGGGACCUGUCCCUCUACUGGUCACACUUUAUUUGAUGUCCUUUUAAUGCAUGCAGUUCUUCCACUCAGCGUGUACAGAGAUGACCUGUAAUGAUGACUGCAAGAAAGAUAGAGAGAGACUAUAAUAUGAAAUCAAAGUAGUGAGUAUUUGGAUGCAAAUACAAAUCUGUAUUCUUCAAUGUGAAUAGGAUCAUGUCUGGCAUGCAUUGUUAAAUAAACAAUUAAAUAGAUUGGUA